AUGGUGAGAACCAAGAAACGUGCGCGAGCGGAUCCCGAAUUGUCGCAGUCUCAGCCGCAGCUUCAUACCAAGCGACAGAGGGGCCCGAACGCCAUGGCAGCGCAAGCGAAAGAGGAGGCAGACGACACUACUGCGACAGACGAUGUGCGAUAUAUGAGAACGCAGCCAAAGGCCCAGGCACCUAUCGAAAGCUCCCGAGCCAAGUCAUUCCCCAGUCAGACAUCCGAAAUCAUUGACUUGACGCUGAGCGACGAGCUCGACAAUGUGUUCCCCGCAUAUUCGUCCAGGUCAAAAGCUCUCCAGGAUCAGGCCGAAGAGCAGCGCCACUCAAAGUAUGCUCUACAGAACAAGAUGACCGGAAAACUUGGCGAGCGCUCUCUAGGUCAAUCCGGCGGCGGGCAGGGUACUGAAAUCAGCGAAGGCGAAGAACGAUGGGACAUUUCCUCACUAUCUGCAGAUAUCCUUGCGCGGCGCCAACAAAAGAAACAGGAGAGGAAGAGGCAGAAGAAGGAGGCGGCCAUUGACGUCAUAAACGCCCAACGCUCCUAUGCGCCGGUCAUGUUCACCCUUUCAGAGGCAGUAGCCUUUCUCUGGCAACCCCAGCUAGCGAUCACCUACGAUCUUCCGACUGGCGACUAUGUACCUUGUCAGUAA